UAUUGGCUCGCUUACUGUAGUAUCUUUGUGUACAGAGAUGUACCUCGGUCUGGCCACACAGACAUUCCAGGGUCUCGACGCAACUUAAUGGAACACGUCCCCGACCUGAUGUCUUGAUAGUGAAUGCUCUGAUUUUGAUUUUUUCGGAGUGAACUUUUCUUGAAAGUUUGGUCGGACACCAUGAUUCUCCUAAUCACCACACUGACUCUGGUGGUUUGCCUAGAACCCGUCCUCUGCCAGACCAAAUACUGUUGUACCCCACUGCAAUGGGAGUCCGUGAACUUGAUCACAGACGCACGGGACAGUGACUCACCCUCCGCGAUACCCACGUUGACACAGGGGUUUGAGCAAGUGUCGGUGGACGGUGUGAACCAUCGGGUCGCGUCUAUGGCCACCCUGACGUCAUCGGGGUUCAACAUCUCUGUGCAGGUCAUUCAGCUCUUUGAACAGAAUGUCAUGUACACGAUAGAGAGUGGCGAGUGUAAAAAGACGGCCAUACCUUCUUGGACACCUAAAUGCGUCCCGGAUUCUGCAGAGUUCCAAACGCAAGUUUCGUACGGGCAAGGCUCGAACAAAGUGGACGUGUGGAUCUAUCGUGUGGUCCAAGAUCCCAAUACUAUUUACCUCAACGUUGCCGUCAACGACUGCACCCCUAUCUUUGAGGCGGCGUAUGGGAGCGCUGGUGGAGUCUCGGCGCUGUCCAGUAAGACAUUCACAAACUUCACCCUGGGAAUCAAGGAUCCCAUUGUGUUCCACGUGCCGGAAAUCUGCAAUCAAGCCAAACUCGUCCACACGGUUCCCAAGAGGAUCACCGUGUUUUAAAGCUCCCUGUUCGGUUACUUACGAUAGCUGUGUACGAGGAUCUGACUAGUAUAAGACACGAAUAAACAUUCUGCAUUUACCGUUUCUUUAAUAAAAUUACAUUAAAAAGAGACUUCCAAAAAGAAUUGUUCACUUGAAAAACACGAAUACCACAAUAGGAUAAACGAGAGCGCCAACGGAUUGAAAGUCUGUUUGCAAGAUACUGGGAAGUUUCUGCCGGAGUAACAGUUGACUGAAUGAAAAUCUAAAAGGCUAUCGAUACGAUAAGUUUUUUAGCAUAAGUACAAAUAAAUGAAACAAGAAGUGGUGAAAUAUUGCAAACCACCCUUUACCAUCGGAGCAUCAGAUAUAUGUAUCAAGGGAGCUUGGUAUUUUGCGCGCAAGUAAAUGCCCGGAUGUAAAUGUUAUUUCUGAUUGGCUAGACGUUUAUUUAUGCUCUUGUUUUAAUUAACGUUAUUAUUACAUCAUUACUAUUUGCGAGACUGAACGACUUUUCAUUUGGAAACUAAGGUCAAAGUUAAUUUUAUACCUUUGUUUUUCUUGUUUUGUGUGUUACUAUUCAGUAUAAUGUUAUGAUCGCUACAUUUUCAUUUAAGCAGAUAAGAACAAUUCGUAGUU